GUCUCCGCGGCGGUCGCUUGCGCCUUUGCAGGCGGGAGGCGGGAGACAGGCGGCGGGCGGCGCCAGGGUUGAAGAGGCCCAGCUCUCACAGCCGUUCCUCAUAGGGCAGGUGCUCCAGACCUCUGAUCAUCUUUGUAGCCCUCCGCUGGACUCUCUCCAGUAGCUCCAUGUCUCUCUUGUACUGGGGAGCCCAGAACUGGACACAGUACUCGAGAUGAGGCCUCCCCAGGGCUGAGUAGAGGGACAGGAUCACCUCCCUCGACCUGCUGGCAACACUCUUCCUAAUGCACCCCAGGACACCAUUGGCCUUCUUGGCCACAAGUGCACAUUGCUGGCUCGUGGUCAACUUGUCAUCCACCAGCACUCCCUGGUCCUUCUCUGCAGAAGUACUCCAGCAGGGCAUGAAGGCUCAAAUCCAGAAGUGACUACCAAAACACGUAAUUUCAAGGAAGGUGGAACAGCAUGAAAGGAAUAAAUAGGCUUGUGAAUGUCUUCUUAGGAUGCCAGCUGGAUUGUUGAGAUUUCCUUCACCUGCCACCACUUGAACCAUGGAAUGGUCAGACAGACUCCAUUUCAUACCUUCAAGUAAUAACUCAGUGUUAAAAAACAACAGGAAUUUAAAACAGCUAUUUUUAGAUCACUUCAGAAAUUUACUAAGCUGUAGAAAUGCGAUUUGGAGAAAUCAUCAGCACUACUAAUGCUAAAAGAGAGGAACGUAAGGAAUCGUGGAAAAAAGAUCAGAAGAGUAUAAUGGAGUUCAUCUAGCCCAACCACCUUCUGAAAGCAGACUAAAGUUAAAAGGAUUGUGGGACAUAAGUCUAGAAAGCAUGCACUUGACUCUCUGUGUUGGACAGAAGAGUGCUGACCCAGAAGUGACAAUUGCACUUGGACGACUCAGAGGGAAGCAAACCAACGUGAAGGGAACAGACAGACUUGUAAAUACUUUCCUUGGAAUUCCUUUUGCAAAAGCACCUGUUGGAUCCUUGAGGUUUUCCCCACCUGAACCACCUGAAGCCUGGAAUGAUCUGAGAGAUGCAACUUCCUACCCACCGCUCUGUCCUCAAGAUCUGAGCAUACUGAAAAAAAUUGAAAAAAAUUGGAAAGAAAAACACCCUCCAUUCCAAACAUCUGAAGACUGUUUGUAUCUGAAUGUUUACAGCCCUGCUGAUUCAGACAAGAAGGACAAGUUACCUGUAAUGGUGUGGAUCCAUGGUGGCAAUUUCAUAUUCGGUGGUGCUUCUAGGUAUGAUGGCUCUGCACUUGCAGCCUAUGAGAAUAUUGUGGUAGUAAUAGUACAAUACAGACUUGGACUUCUUGGAUUCUUUAGUACUGGUGAUGAACAUGCUCGUGGGAACUGGGCAUUUUUGGAUCAAGUAGCAGCUCUUCGGUGGAUCCAAGAAAAUAUUCAGCAUUUUGGUGGAGAUCCAGGAUCUGUCACACUCUUUGGUGUAUCAGCAGGAUCUUGCUGUGUUUCUGCACAUGUUUUAUCUCCUUUGUCUAAGGGUCUAUUUCAUAAGGCAAUAUCAGAGAGUGGAAUUAUAUUUCCAAAUGAUAAAGGUUUACUUCUUUCAGAUCUUAAGAAAAUUGCAAGUAUAUUUAAGUGUGAGGCAGACACUUCACUCUCAGUAAUAAAUUGCUUAAGGAACCAGGAGGCAAAGCAUAUAGUCUUUAACAGUACGGAAAUCCAGUUUCUGCCCUUAGUUUUGGAUGGAGUAUUUCUUCAUAAGUCAGCUGAAGAGAUAAUGGCUGGAAAAGAAUUUAAUGCAGUACCAUUUAUGAUAGGAGUCACCAACAAUGAAUUUGGCUGGAAUAUUCGAUCUACAUCAACAAUGCCAGGUCUGAAGGAAGUAGGAGAUAAAAAAUCAAUCGCAUCAACUUUAGAGAUUCUGCGUCCAGUGAUGGGUGUAUCAUCAGAGCUUCUGUCUGUGAUAAUGGAUGAGUAUCUAGGAGACACAGAUGAUCCUGCUGAGCUACGAGACCGAUUUUUGGACUUGCUGGGAGAUGCAGCAAUUGUUAUGCCAUCCAUUAAAACAUUGAAUUAUCACAGGGAGUCUGGAGCUCCAACCUACUUCUUUGAGUAUCAGCAUCGGCCUACUUUAUACUGGGAUACUAAACCAGAGUAUGUGAAAGCUGAUCAUGGAGACGAAGUUGGCUUUGUCUUUGGAGGACCGUAUCUGGCAGGUGACAUACGCCUACGUGAUGAAGUUACAGAGGAAGAAAAGAACCUUAGUAGAACUCUGAUGAAGUACUGGGCUAACUUUGCUCGAAGUGGAAAUCCGAACGGGGAAGGCUUGGUUGAAUGGCCAUCUUACAACCUAAAUGAAGAAUACUUAGAGAUAAAUCUAAAACAAAAGAAAGCCAGGAAGUUGAAAGAAAAGAAGGUAGACUUCUGGAGAAAGGUCAUAUUUGAAAAGGAAAAUAAUGAAAGAACAGAAAACAGGAAGGUGAAUUCAGAGUUGUAGUUUAGCCUAAACAUAUACAGAAUAGGCAUUCUUUCCAGCUGUUACAGAUAUUCACCAUAAUGAUUUCAGUUGAUCUGCUUUCAUUUUGUGAUCCUUUAGUUUUUCUGGGUUCAUGUCCACAACAGAACUCUCAUUUAUUAAACAUAGUUACCAGAUUUCACUUCUGCUCAGAUUUUAUAUUUCUUUCCUAUGACUCAAGACGGAAUGUAGCAGCAACAUUGUUUUAAUAUAAUGAAAUCAAUAAAGACCUGAUUUGCAAGUGAAA